UUUAAUCAAGGUUUAUUUUUGAUGAAUGAUAUCAUUUCAUCACAAAAACAGGAGCAGUUAGGAUCUGAUCAGUUUGCUGAGAAGAGCAGAGAAAUUAAUUCUUUAAUUUCUUCAUUCCCGGAUGGAAUUGUGCCAGAGUCAUUACUCGGGGAUGCUUUAAAUAAAAUGUUCGAUAAAUGGAAUUGCCUGCUUUCGCAAGUUGUUACAGAAGUGGAUCAAACUCAGCCAAUCCCUGAGCAUAUUAAGGAAACAGCAGAAUUUGCCGUUAAAGGGUUUCGAGAUGCAUGUCUUGGAAUGAGCAGUGAACUCACACAUAUAUUUAUGAAUUGGCAGCUUAAAAAUCCUGAUGAACUAACUAAACAGGAGGUUGCUGAUUAUAAAAAAUCUGUUCAACGACAGGAAAAUUUGCUUGAAAAAAUUAAGUACAGAAUUGACGAAGAAAUUGAUUUUUCGCUUCACGAUACAUUUGAAUAA